GACGGACAUUCCCAUACUCACUCGCACGCCUCUCUCUCUCUCUCUCUCUCUCUCUCACAUCUGUUGUGUUGUUGCCGGGGCGGCGCGUGGGGAUGGCAAGCAGGGCGUUGACGGCGGCGAUUCUGGUAUUCACGGCGGCGGCGGUGAUAUGUAGCGGAGGAGUGGCGAAGGCGGCGGUGGACUGUUCGACGCUGAUACUGAACAUGGCGGACUGUUUGUCGUUCGUGACGAGCGGGAGCACGGUGGAGAAGCCGGAGGGGAGCUGCUGCUCCGGAUUGAAGACGGUGGUCCGAUCUGGUCCGCAGUGUCUCUGCGAGGCUUUCAAGAACAGCGCCUCCAUGGGAGUCACCUUGAACGUCUCCAAGGCCUCCUCUCUUCCCUCCGUCUGCAAAGUCGUUGCUCCACCUUCCGCCCGCUGUGCUCUUUCAGUUGUUCCUCCCACUGGUGCGCCCAGUAAAUCUCCGGCAGCCACUUCGGAUGCACCCAGAUCAUCAGCCGGAGCAAACGAGGAAGCUCCGGCUGCGGCUCCAGCCCUCGCGCCUGCGAGUUCAUCGUCAUUUUCUCUGUCGGUUUCCGUGUUGUGUCUUGCCUUUGGCACGCUCCUUGGGUUGAUCUCCUGUUUCUGAUGACACAAAGAUCCGUUUUUGCUGUCGAAUUUGUCAUUUUUUUUUUCUUCUGCGUUUGAUUUCGGAUCUUUUAAGGCUGUUGAGAUUUGCGUUGUUUAAUUUUGAAUCGGAGUUGUGUUAAUUCUAACACGUUUCCUCUUUCGAA